AUGAGCUUCUUUCCCACAGCAGAUCCUGAGAAGUUGCGAGCAGCCAUGGCCCAGAACCAAGCCUAUUACCAGACACCGACGACUCCAUCGUCUUACUUUGAAGAGCCCAAGCCAACCAGCGACAGCGAGCCUCAUGGAUAUUGGUCGACACCCGGCGCUUCAGGCCCAGCAUCGUUUUCUGGUCCACAAGCGAUACCAUGGGCCUCUCAGUAUCCACACGGGCUGCGCUUGGGCCAUGUACCGACGCCGACACAAUCGACAUUCGACACAGCUCAGUCGACGGCUAGCUCACACCCCCCAUCGACCGCCUGGGCUCCAGGCCCUAUGCCCUUGGCGCCAGCGAGUGUUUAUCCCGAUCUUACGACACAGUCAGCGGGUAUGGACUUCUGCUAUUCGAUGGCGACACCGACGAUGGCCACCUCGGCCUCGUGGGAACCUGUCCCUACAGCCACAUCCAUCUACCCUUCCACAUACGAAGCGUCUCCUGAGCGCUCGGAGUACAGCACGAGCUCGCAGCAAUCGCUUGUGAGCUCGUCUCCGUACGCGCAGUCUGACGACUACCUCCAGACACAUCCCUCGCCAUACAUCAAGGUCGAAGAAUCUUCCGACUCCAUUCGUCCCCGAUUGUACUCUAUCCCGGGUCUCAUGCCGUCCGCGCAACCGUCGCAUGUCAACCCUGGAGACAUCUUCGCAGGCCCACCUCUCUCCGUCCUCGAGCAUCAAGGCAUGCCGCCAUUCGAACCGCCGACGAAGGUAGAGCAGCACGGCGAGAUCAAGCCUCACUCCCGCCGCCCACAGAGAUCUCAACGUCCACAGAACCGCAGGGCCAUCUCCGAAGACACCAUAUCAAUUGCCGAGGGCCGAGAGAAGCGCGGCUAUACCACGCAUGCCAAUUCUACGUGUCACUGCGAGCAUUGCGGAAAGCUGUUCCAGCGCAGCUACAACCUGAAAGCACACCUGGAGACGCACGACCCUGGGCGCGAACAGCCGCACGCGUGCUCACACCCGGGAUGCCGAAGGCGCUUCGUCCGCCGAACCGACCUCACGAGACACGAACAAAGUGUAAGCAAAAUUCUUGUCUCACAACCACUUGCGCACAUAACAUAUGCUGACAAAAAGACCCAGGUACAUUUGAAAGAGCGCAAAUAUCAGUGUCCACUCUGCUGCAGCUCCUUUGCGCGGAAAGAUACAUUGCGAAGGUACGAUGGGGGAACAAUCAUCUUCCCGAUUUUCUGUCAUGGGAAACCAGCAUGCUGAUGGUGUUUUUUCACAGGCACACUGACGAUGGCUGUCCGCGCCGGCCGGAAGUGAAGAGGCGCUACGAGAGAGUUCGAUCCGGCUCGAUCUCGCGGGACCAGGAGCCUGUCGGAUCCGCGAAUCCUCCUACGACACGAGAGCAUUCUCGGUGA